ACGUGUUUACGUCUAAACGCGGAAACGCUCCAUGCUGGAAGGACUUCAGUCCUUGUCGCUGGUUUUGUGGAGUUAAAUGUCCACAAAGGGGUGUGGGAGUAUUCCACGGAGGCUCCGGGCAUGUCUGUGUGUCCUCUGUGGAUUACCUGCUGUAGGGAAAUCCACGCUGGCUCAGGCGCUCAGUAACACCGCUGCACAGCGUGGAUGGAAAACGACAGAAGUGUGUUAUGACGAGCUGAUCUCCCAGCAUGCUUUUCGUCCCAGGGCCACGGAAGACGACCAGCGGCACCAAACGAAUGCUCCCUGUGAAUUUGAAGACUGUGACAGUAAAAGGACUGCACUUAUGCACACUGAGUGGAGGUCACACAGGCAAGUAGUGCUUCAGUACAUCGAGGAGCUGUUGAAGAAGCCUGAAGCCUCAGUGAAUCUGCAGACUAGCCACCAGAUCAACCGUGCAUCAUGGGAGAAAUGUGAUGGAGGUUUGCUGGAACUUGAUGGUGUGGAUGACUCUGCACCACUUCUCAUUGUACUGGAUGACAACUUCUACUACUCAAGCAUGAGAUAUGAAGUUUACCAACUGGCGAGAAAACAUUAUCUGGGGUUCUGUCAGGUGUACCUGCAAUGUGCUGUGGAGUCGUGCAUGAGCAGAAACCACAACAGACCUGAUCCCGUUCCCACACAGGUGAUGCUGGAGAUGAUAAAGCGCCUGGAACCUCCAAAUCCAAAGAAGAACUCAUGGGAGACGAACAGCAUUUCGCUCACGACAACACAAAAUGUGUCCAACGAAGAUGUCAUGAAGGUGAUGGAGUUGAUCUCCUGUGCAAUGAGCAACCCACUGAGCCCAGUGGAGGACAAUACGGAACAAAAGGAGGCUGACCGUCUGAAGUGUUCCAGUAGUGUGGUUCACCAGGCUGACCAGGCCUGCCGGCGCUUGAUCUCUGAAGCCAUGAAGACUGCCAGAGAAAAUCAAGGUCCGCCUGAGUGUGUGAGGACUUUGGCUGCUCAGCUGAAUGAAUCCAAAACGAGAUUUCUUCUCAACCUACGGAGACAGCUCCUUCAGGAUCUGUCUUUGACUCCAGAAGAGGACAUUGAUAUGGAAAAUGUGGUCAAAAGAGCUGUGAAUGUUUUUGACCAAGAGAAAAGGGACAUUUUGUUUAGAUUCAAAAAUAAAUAUUCAUGACAACGUUUUUCAUAGUUGACAGUGGUCGGUUACAGCGUGUUGGUCAUGUGGCACAUUUCAAGGACCCAGUGUGUAGGUGUCUCAUUUCUGAGAAUCCUCGCCAAAGUACGUUUUGUAAGAUACAGACGAAUGAUACGUUUGGCUGGGUGGUUGUCUUUCAGGUCACCCAGGGUGGUUGCGUAUGGUGGUGGAUGUGGCAAUGCAGAAUUCCAGAUCUGACAAGUGAGUAGAGUUCUGGGUUGAAUAUUUUAAGACAAGAGUUUAUGGGGAGUGUGUGUGUGUGUGUGUGUGUGUGUUUCUUGGAAUGUGUCUCGAGUAGCCAUUCAAAGAAUGGCAGGCGCACAUGUGUGCUUGCUUCAUUUUUCAUCGCUGGAGGUUUCCAGUUCCAAUUGAGACAAAUCAGGUGAUGGAGACAUGGACAUUCCCACGUCAGACAAAAUGUCCUGGAUUGGAUUUUCAUCAAGGAAAUGUGCAGUAGAGCUGGACUUUGUUCCAUGAAAAACACAUCAAAUCUCUGUUCAAAUGUUUCCAUGUGUAUCUGGCAAAUCAUACUGUAGCUGAAAUCUUUUUUAAAGAUUCUCUUGUACCAUGAAACUGUGGAAAUGGAUGCAGCAGGUGAAAGUUGCACUUUACAGUUUCUCCAGGCGUUUUUGAUACCUGCCAUCUCUCUGCACAUUUACCGCACAGAUGAUUGAGGUAAAUUCAUUCCAAGGGCCCUAUCUUGACUGUCCCGUGCGAAUGAAUGCACAUUUGUAAUGUAGCAAUGACGCUUGCACAAUGCUGUGCAUGGCGUUGCGUGGGGUUGAAGACUGCUUCUUGACAUGGGAAUGUCCGUGUGUCCAUCGGCUGACUUAAAGAAAAGGGGCUGUAAAAGUGAAGAUUU